ACGCUAUACUUGUUGGAGGAGAGAGAGCGCUCAGUCCCAUUGCUCUUCCUUUCUUCUUCUCUUUAUCAGUCUUGAAACCUAGGGUUUAAAGUUAAGAUCCAAGGCCAGGAGAAAGGAUGAAAACGGAAGGACUUCCUUCAAGCACUUCAUAUUAUGAUGAUGAAAAAAGGGAUUUGGAACACUUGCUUGAAGCCUUUGGCUCCAUGGUUUCGCUGGAGGACAUUGCCUCCGCUUAUUGUCAAGCAAGACGCAAUGUAUACACGGCUGGCGAAAUACUUUGUAAUAUGCAGGAAAGCAAUUCUAAUUUUCCAUCCAAGAAUGAAUUGGAGGGUUUAAGUGCGUCUUCGGAAGAGUCAUCUGACAAUAUCUUGGACAGGCCAAAAUUUGCAGAAAGAAGUUCUAUGGAAUCAAAGCCAAAAAAAUGUUCAGUAUCAAUGGGUACUGUUGCAAAUGUGAUUGGAAAGGAGUAUGCUAUGCCCAAGCCUAUGGAAAAUGAAUCGUAUGCAGUGAACAAACCGUUGAAGUUAAAUUCAGAGGAUUUGCCCAUCUCUGAGAUUUGGGAUGAAAAAAUUCCACCAUAUAUUGCAGCUAGGGAUGAAACUAUGCACAAGGAUGUUGAGAAAUUUCUGUUUGCAAUGCUUGGAGAUGGCUUUCAACUUGGCAUGGAUGUAAUUCGAGAAGUCCUUGGGGUAUGCGGGUAUGAUGUAAAAAAGAGCAUGGAGAAACUUCUCGAUCUAACAGCAUCCUCUUUGGAGAAGAGUGAAGAUGUUCUAAGCAUAGCUGCUCAAAAACCUAUGGAGAAAUGUUCAGACCUGGAAUCUCCUUUAUGUCAAGAAAAAUCGGAGCAUGUAAAUUCGGCUCGAAGUGGUAAAUCUAGAUUUAUCACUAGAAAUGAUUUGGAAUCACCUAAAAGAGACAAAAACCGGUAUGACCUCCAGAGGGAAAUUUUAGAAGCCUUGUUUACUGUUCCUGAAAGAGUUGAAAAAGCACCAAGAUUAACUCGCAACGUAAAAGAAGUGAGGAGAUCAAGAGCAUUCGGUCAAGUUGUAGUUCAACCUUUUAAAGACGAUACUACAGAGCAUAUAAUUGCCAAUCCAGAACCCCAUAUUAGUGAGGAUGAUAAAGAGGAUGGUUAUCAGGCGCUACGCAAAGCUGCUAAAGAGUAUUGGAUUACAAUGAAAGAAUACUAUAAAGCUGCUGUUGACGCAUUUGCUGAAGAUCAUGGACGAGCAUACAAACUUCUAGAAGAGGGAAAUUUUUUUAAGGAGAAGGCCCGAGAAGCAAAUGAAAAUUCUACCCAAAAACUUCUGGAGACCAAAGAUAAUGCGGAGGACAUACCUCUAGAUCUGCAUGACCAUGAGCCAAGGGAAGCAAUACGUCUUCUAAGGCUUCAUCUAACCUCACUUUGCGGCAUCCCAUCUUUUCAGCAUCUUAGAGUCAUUGUUGGGACCAAUGCUGAAGAUGCCAAAAGACAGGCCCGGAAACGACUGGUUUUGAAGCUUCUGGAGAGAGAAUCCAUUAAAUGGACCGAGGAAGAGGCUGGUUGGGUAAUUGUGAUCCGAAUAGAUGAAAUCAACCCAAAACGUUUGAGCUUUGCUAAAAAGGAGUAACAGAUUACCUGGGAUGAGGUUAUUAAGAAUGACUUUAAAAAGUUAAAUAUAGUAGGUGAAAUGGCGUGUAAAUAAAAAAUCUUGGAGAGAGAAUUAAGGCAAGGAUGAUGAUGAUCAGUGUUGAUUACCUAGUGAGCUGGUAAAAAUUGUUUGAAGUUUUUUUGAGUUGUUCGCAGCUUGGGUUGCAAUACUUUUGAACCUAUAUUAAUUGUUUUUAUUCAUGUUGACAUACAUUCAGAGGAACAAAA